UCUUAGAUAAAUUGUAUCGGCUAAUUCAGUUUCCUUCCGACCGCUCACUGUCGCGUUCGUAAAAUAAUGUGCGACAAGUGUUUGUGCUAAUUUCGACGUAUUACAAGAUGUUGAUAACUACAUUGCUCCUGGCAGCCACCUUAGCUACAGCCGAAGAUCUACCUCCAUCCUGUAAUAAACCUGUUUACUGCAACAGCAAGCUUCUUCAUCAUGUCCAAAUGAGUCGGAUUUUUCCCGAUUCCAAAACUUUCGUUGACCGCCACCUUCUUAAUGAUGAAGAGACCACUCUUUCCGCUUUCCAAGACCUUCUCGAUCAGACUAAUGAAAAUCCCACUGAGAAGCAAAUAAGGGAGUUUGUCGAUAAGUACUUUGACGAGAGUAGCGAACUGGAACCAUGGACCCCUCCAGACUUUAACUCGAACCCACAAUUUUUGUCCUCCAUCCGUGAUGGAGAAUUGCGUCAAUUCGCAAAAGAAAUUAACGACAUUUGGCCAACUCUUGGAAGAAAAGUUAAGCAAAGCGUCAUAGAAAAUCCAGAUCAAUACAGUUUUAUUCCCGUCACCCACGGAUUUGUUAUUCCCGGUGGACGGUUUACGGAGCUAUACUACUGGGACACUUACUGGAUCAUCGAAGGACUCCUCGUCAGCGGAAUGACGGAAACCGUUAAAGGAGUCCUCGAGAAUUUAAUAGAAUUAGUAAACAAACUCGGUCACAUUCCUAACGGUAGUAGAUGCUACUAUGAACAAAGAAGCCAGCCCCCGCUUUUGACAUCAAUGGUCUCCCUGUAUAUUCAAGCGACUAACGAUACUGAGUUCCUGAAAAAGAAUAUCGAUUCUUUGGAAGCCGAACUUAACUACUGGAUGGACACCCAAAUCUACACAUUUGAUAUUGGUGAUAAAGCGUAUACGUUACUUCGAUACUAUGCUGCAAGCGAAGGACCGCGACCAGAAUCAUACCAAGAGGACUACACAAGCGCGCAAAUUUUCGACAACGACGAACGAAAAACUCAGUUUUAUAUUGAUAUAAAGAGCGCAGCAGAGAGUGGAUGGGACUUCUCGACCCGUUGGUUCAUCAAAAAUGGAACUGACAAAGGCAACUUAACAGAUAUCCACGCUACAGAUAUUAUUCCUGUGGAUCUAAAUUCUAUAUUUGCAAAAGCGCUUCAAAAUAUGGCACAUUUCCAAGCCUUGAUAAGAAACUAUCGUAAAGUAGGCCAUUGGUCACGUCUCGCUUAUCAAUGGUCUAAUACCAUUGAGAAAGUGUUAUGGGACGAAGAGGACGGCUGCUGGCACGAUUGGGACUUGGUAAAUAAGAAAUUUCGAAAGUAUUUCUACCCUAUCAACAUUGCUCCUUUGUGGAUGGGUAUUACGGAUAAGAAGUUUGUUAUACAGAACGCACCACGUAUCUUAAAGUACUUGAAAGAAUCACACGGCCUGGAUUAUCCUGGCGGUAUUCCCACAUCAUUGGUGAAGAGUGGGGAACAAUGGGACUUCCCAAACGCUUGGCCGCCACUUGUAAGUCUGGCCGUGAAUGCUAUUGAAGCAUUGGAAUUGCCAGAGGCUAAAGACUUGGCGUUUCACGUGGCUCAAUCCUGGAUUAGGUCAUGCUACAAGGGAUUCUCAGACAACAAGCAGAUGUUCGAGAAGUAUGACGUGGAAGUCCCGGGAAGAAUUGGUGGAGGCGGUGAAUAUACAGUACAAACUGGCUUCGGGUGGUCCAAUGGUGUAGUUUUGGAGUUUUUGGCGAAGUAUGGUCAGAGGAUGUCUUUGUAUGACAUGAGAAAAGAGUCAAGUUAUCUAGUAGCGCCUCGUGAAGUUGGCGUGGAUGCUUCGAGUGAGGACUCUUCUAAGUCGGAUAGUUUGUGAUUGAGGAAGUAAUUAUGGUGGCAUUUAAAUAAUUGCAAAUAUUUAACCUAGUACCAGCUUAUUUACAAGUAUAUAAAAGUCCUACGUUUUUUUAGGAAUCAAUAGGCGUAGUUACCGUUUUAGUAAUUUUGAUUUUUUUGACAUAGCAAUACCGGAUUAGGUAAAAAUAGACGAACAAAUCAUUUUUAUAAUAGAUAUAAAAAGUAAAUACAAUUUUGACUUGAAUAUAACUUUACGUUCUUGUUUAUAAAUAUAUAUUUUUUGUUAAAUGAUUUUAAAAUAUUGUGCCAUUAAUGUUCUAAUUUAUUUAAAAAUAACUCUAAUUAUAUGACAUAACAUUUAUACUAUUUUUAAGUGAAUAUCCUGUAGUUAAAAUGUAAUAAUGAACCAUUUUUUAUAUAAGUGAAAAAAUUUAACUUAUGACGAAGAAACAUAAAUAUGUAUUUUGAUUUAGAAGUCCCUUUUUACCAUAUUAAAGAACUAGGAAAAUAAUAUAUUAGUGUUUUAUAGUUACCUCUACAAACUUAUUAAACGUAUGACGAGAAAUAAACGCCUUAGAUAUAAAAGGCCAGCAGUACUGAUGAAAGUGUAAUGUGUGAACAUUUUUUCUUAGGUUGGUUAAAAUCAUUUACGAUUUAUUAGUAGUUUUCAUUCUUUCCAUAGAUCUAUUUUAACGUCCGUGUUUAACAUGAAUUUCUACUAAUACAAAGCAAAAGGCUAAUAUUUUUUUGUUUGUAUUAGUAACUUUUUUCGCGCUACUUUGCUAGAGUUCUGGUUAGAGCAGUGUCUCCUAAACUUUUAUGUGCCAUAUCCACCUUAGGCUUUCUAAAAUUCUUAAGUCCCCCCCCCCCAUCUUCAACAGAUAUUUAAUACUAAAAAGAAAUGAAAGGUUUUAGAAAGAAAAUAGGAAAUUAUUAACGAAACACAGUAGGUAAAUUUUAAAACUGAAAUUCAAAUUUAUAAUAAUUUCAAUAAAUAAAAUCACUGGGUUAGAGGAAUUAUCCACUUAUCCUCUAACCCAAUUUGUAAUUUUAUUUUUUAUUUUUAAGUCAAUUAGAUUUUUGUAGUAUUUGAUUGUAUUUAGUAUACGAGCGUAAAGAACACGGACCGUUAAUUAAAGAACUUUGUGGCUUAAUGUUGAGGUAAUUUAAGAUGAUUAAAGGCUGUGUCUUUA